AUGAAAUUUAAUCUAUUUGUAUUAGAAAAUAGGCCGGCCAAGCAUGGGGACAAGAAAAUCAUCUCCGUGUGUGCUAUCGGCCGAUUUACGAUGGUGAAAACAAAAAAAAAAGAAGCACAAAGAUUCAAGUAUACAGUCCCACAGCUAAAGUCAGCAGUUGCAGAAAUAAAACAGGGAAAAUCUGUUCGAGCUAUCAGUAAGAAAUAUAGCAUACCCAGAUCAACACUAAACUCUAAAGUGAAAGAAACAUCACCUAAAAUCAAGAAAGGGGGUCCAGAGACAGUCUUGACCAGAGACGAAGAGCAGCAUUUAAUUUCCUGGAUGAUGUUAAUGAGCGAGAAUGGAUUUCCCGUCUCUAAAACGCAAUUACUUGGUAGUGUCAAAAUGCUUCUCAGCACUCUAGCGAAUAAGAAUAGAGAGCAUCCUUUUAAGGAUGGAGUUCCAGGUCAACGAAUUGCACAAAAUUUAACGAUAUCCAGAGCCGCUAUUUCUGAAUCUGGUAUUCGUAGAUGGUUUUCUGAAGUUAAAGAAGAGCUGGUCUUGAAAUCAUUGCUCGAAAUCGACGGUAAUAGAGUUUUCAACGGUGAUGAAUCUGCAUUUAUGUUGGAUCCAAAAAAAAAUUUUACAACUUUGUUAAAAAGUGCUGUUGAUACUCUGGAUAUAAGAUCUAUAAUGAAAAAUGCUUUUAAAACUACUGGCUUACACCCAUUUUCAGCAGAUGCUAUAAAUUAUAAUAAAUUAAGAAAUAAAACUAAAGGAAAUGAAGAGCAAGAUAAUGCAUCACCACAAAGUGAAGAUCAUCAUGCACUUACAGCUAUGGAGAAGUAUAUUGAUCCAGUUACGUUGAGAAAGUUUGAAGAAGUCGAUGAUGAUGAAGAGUGGGACGGUGACUUGAAAGACUCAAGUCUUUUUAUGGUUUGGAAGUCUAUGAAAAUGAUCGGUUCUAAGGUUCUGUUCUUACUUUUCUUUUUUCUUUUCUUCCUACUAUUUGUUUCUGUUGAAAAUAGAUUCCUCGUCUGCAGUAUUGCGAGUACUUCGGCUCAAGACCUUGACACUGAUGGUGUUUUACUACGUAGUAAUAACGAUAAUAUUGAUUUUGAAUUUUUGGAUGAACUUACGCCUCAGCAAGCUUCAGAAAAUGCUAUGCAGAUAGCCAUCGACAAUGACUUAAUAAUAAUUGAGGCAGAAAAUCUUCAUGAUGAACCUGAUAAUGAGAUCAGAAUCCAAAUUGAAGACAAUCCUACUGAAGAACAGACCGUUCUUGAAAAUAUACACGUCCAAAAUUCUUUAUCAAUUGAGGAUUCAAGAAUUGAAGAAAACAACGAAACGCUUUCGGGGAACAUAGAGACUAGUUUAGUAGAAGAGCAGCAGCUCAUUGUUCAAAAUAAAGAAAAUUCUACUGACAAUUUUGUGAAUAAAGGCUUUAAUGUCAAUGAAAAUUUUCCACUAUCAUUUCGAGAAGCGCUAUUUUGGCCUGACAAAGCCACUGAUAAAAAAAAAAGAAAAGAAAACCUAAGGAUAAAGAGCCUUCUGUUAUUUCUUCAUUGCAAUGGAAGCACUUGA